GCCGCGCCGCCCCUCGCUAAUGAAGCUAACAUGGUGGACUCUGUUCUCUCCUGGAGGGAAGCUCCUCGGUGGGAUUCUGCGGAAGAUGCUCAAGAACCGGAAGCUCUUGCUUUCCGAGAGCCAGCCCUGCAGUGAAGAUGAGAACAUGGUCCCAGUACUAACGUCCAGAAAAGCCAGUGAACUCNAGCUGACACACCAUCAUGAGGUCUGGUGUUUUCAGGCUGACCUGCAGCAGGGUCUGACCCAGGAGGAGGUGGACCGCAGGAGGAAGUACCACGGCUGGAACGAGUUUGACAUCAGCGAGGACGAGCCGCUAUGGAAGAAAUACAUCCUACAGUUCAAAGAUCCUCUCAUCCUCCUGCUGCUGGCCUCAGCCGUCAUCAGCAUCAUCAUGCACCAGUUCGAUGACGCCAUCAGCAUCACGGUGGCCAUCAUCAUCGUGGUGACGGUCGCCUUCGUUCAGGAGUAUCGCUCAGAGAAGUCUUUAGAAGAGCUCGGGAAGCUGGUUCCUCCAGAAUGCCACUGCAUCAGGGAUGGACACCAGGUGCACAUGUUGGCCCGGGAACUGGUUCCUGGUGACACCGUGUGCCUGUCGGUGGGGGAGCGGGUCCCUGCAGACCUCCGUCUGUUUGAGGCCAGCGACCUCUCUGUGGACGAGUCCAGUUUGACGGGGGAGACCACCCCCAGCUCCAAAUCCACGUCCCACCAGCCGGCAGCCUCCAACGGAGACAUCUCGUCCCGCAGCAACAUCGCCUUCAUGGGGACGCUGGUCCGCUACGGCAAGGCCAAGGGCAUCGUCAUCGGGACCGGAGAGGACUCAGAGUUUGGAGAGAUUUUUAAAAUGAUGCAAGCUGAAGAGUCUCCUAAAACGCCUCUGCAGAAGAGCAUGGACCUGCUGGGAAAGCAGCUGUCUCUUUACUCCUUCUGCAUCAUAGGUGUCAUCAUGCUGGUGGGAUGGCUGCAGGGGAAGAGCCUCCUGGACAUGUUCACCAUCGGGGUCAGUCUGGCUGUUGCUGCCAUCCCAGAGGGCUUGCCCAUCGUGGUGACGGUGACGCUGGCGCUUGGUGUGAUGAGGAUGGCGCAAAAGAGAGCCAUCGUCAAGAAGCUCCCCAUCGUAGAGACCCUGGGAUGCUGUAACGUCAUCUGUUCAGACAAAACAGGAACUCUGACCAAGAAUGAGAUGACCGUCACUCAGAUUUUCACAUCAGAUGGGAUCCAUGCCAAGGUGACAGGCGUCGGCUACAACGGGAUGGGAGAAGUAUUACUGGAGGGAGAUGUCAUACAUGGCUUCUCCUGCCCUUCAAUCAGUAAAAUUGUGGAGGUCGGCUGUGUGUGUAACGACUCGCUCAUCAGGAACCACAACCUGCUGGGACGUCCCACUGAGGGUGCGCUCAUCGCCCUCGCCAUGAAGAUGGGUCUGGAGGGCGUGCAGCAGGAGUACGUGCGUCUGGAGGAGCAUCCCUUCUCGUCGGAGCAGAAGUGGAUGGCUGUUCGUUGUGUUCAUCGCACUCAGCAGGAUAAAACUCCAGUUUACUUCCUGAAGGGAGCGUAUGAACAGGUGAUCCGCUUCUGCAGCUCCUACCACAGCAGAGGACACACACUUCCUCUGAACCAACAGCAGAGGGAGCUCUACACACAGCAGAUCAGCUACAUGGGCUCCUCCGGACUCAGAGUUCUGGCGUUCGCCUCAGGACCUUCGAUGGGGAACCUGACCUUCCUGGGUCUGGUGGGCAUCAUUGACCCCCCCAAGGAAGGAGUCAAAGAGGCCGUGGCUACACUCAUCGAGUCCGGCGUCGCCAUCAAGAUGAUCACCGGAGACUCCCAGGAGACCGCCAUGUCCAUCGCCAGCCGUCUGGGGCUGUACUCCAAAGGGAGCCAGUGUUUGUCAGGAGAAGAAGUGGACCAUCUGGACCUGCAGCAGCUGUCCAUGCUGGUCCCCAGAAUAUCUGUGUUUUAUCGAGCCAGCCCCAGACACAAGCUGAAGAUCGUCAAGUCGCUCCAGAACCUCGGCGCCGUGGUGGCCAUGACGGGGGACGGUGUGAACGACGCCGUGGCUCUGAAAGCGGCCGACAUCGGCGUGGCGAUGGGCCAGACGGGCACCGACGUCUGCAAGGAGGCGGCCGACAUGAUCCUGGUGGACGACGACUUCCAGACCAUCAUGUCGGCCAUCGAGGAAGGAAAAGGAAUUUACAACAACAUCAGAAACUUUGUGUGUUUCCAGCUGAGCACGAGCAUCGCGGCGCUGACGCUUAUCUCCCUGGCUACACUGAUGAACUUCCCCAAUCCGCUGAACGCCAUGCAGAUCCUGUGGAUCAACAUCAUCAUGGACGGCCCGCCCGCUCAGAGUUUGGGGGUGGAGCCUGUGGACAAAGACGUGAUCAGGAAGCCUCCUCGUAACGUGAAGGACAGCAUCAUCACCCGCAGCCUGAUCCUUAAAGUCCUGGUCUCAGCCGUCGUCAUUGUCUGCGGGACGCUCUUUGUCUUCUGGAGAGAGUUACAGGACAACAUGAUCACUCCUCGAGACACCACCAUGACCUUCACCUGCUUCGUCUUCUUCGACAUGUUCAACGCUCUUAGCUCACGCUCUCAGACCCGGAUGGUCCAUGAGAUGGGUCUCUGCAGUAACAGGACCUUCUGUUACGCAGUGCUGGCCUCCAUCAUGGGACAGCUGCUGGUCAUCUACUUCCCUCCUCUGCAGAACGUCUUCCAGACUGAGGGCCUCAGCAUCUUCGACCUGCUGUUCCUGGUCAGCCUCACGUCGUCUGUCUGCAUCGUGGCAGAGGUCAUUAAGAAGGUGGAGCGUCUGAAGGGCUCAGAGAAGAGGCCCCCCUCUGACUCCUCCCUUCACGUAUGACACCUCCCCCUCCAUGUGUGACCCCUCCCCUCCAGUUUGGAGGAAGAGGAUGAUGAAGGUGGGAGGAUGUCACCUGAUGGCACUGACUCUUUCAGACUACAACAAAAUGGGAUUUUCCUGCUCUCCAGUCUGGGACUGGGAGGUCCACUUGGGAUUAUACUGAAGGACUGGACUGAGUUUGUCAGAUCCAUCAAAGCGAGUCCAGUUCCUGGUCCUUUAGGAUGGAUCAGACUUUACAGACUUGUUUAUUCUCCUGGGUUUAGAUGUGGGAUGAAGCUGAGCUACUCUUUGUUUUACUUCCUUUUUACUGCUGAAGGUGGAGCUUUAUUCUUCUGACACUGGUUUAUGACCAGAUGUGUAGGUCCCACCUCUGCUGAGGGUCAGAGACGGUCAGGGUUAGGACCAGAGAUGGUCAGGGUUAGGACCAGUGAUGGUCAGGGUUAGGACCAGUGAUGGUCAGGGUUAGGACCAGAGAUGGAGGUGUAGUGGUUCUUCACAGCAGUGAACCUGCCAGGCUUCAGCUUCAGUUUUUAUUUCUGUUUCUUUUUAUUGUAAAGGAACA